AUGUACGACUACAUUACGAUAUCCAUAGCCUGCAAUAAUGCCGCUCAGGCUGGUCCACACGUCACAUCGAAUGCCCAAGACACACUACAGCAGUUUUGUCGUUGGCAGCAGCUGUACAACGACCGCGACGACGACAGCCCAAACCAUCACGACGUAGCCAUUCUACUGACCCGAGGCGACAUUUGC